AUGCCAGUCACGGUGGCGGUGGUGGGCAUGGGCCCCCUCGGCCUGAUGGCGCUGAAGAACUUCAAGGAAGACGGCUUCGAAGUACGCGGUUUCGAAAGGCGACACUGGGUAGGCGGCCUGUGGAAGCAGUCGUUCGACACCAGCCUCUCGACGACAGCCAACACCGUGUUCAACAGUAGCCGGUUCCGCAGCGCCAUCUCCGAUUUCCCCUUUCCCGACGAGGUGGACGACUUCCCAACGGCGAAGCAGAUGUGGAAGUACUUCGAGGAUUACUGCGACGCGUUCGACCUGCGGCCUCGAAUCCACUUCGGCGCGGACGUGCAAACGUUUUCGAGAAAGCACGGCAAAUGGGCCGUAGAAUAUGUCGAGGAUGGCACCACGCACACGGAAUACUUUGACAAACUUGCCGUCUCGCCUGGCUCGUUCGUCAUUCCGAGAUGCCCCAAGUUGAGAGGUAUUGAGACAUUCCAAGGCACAGUCCUUCACUCGAUCGAUUUCCCGGACCCGGCGACAUUCCGGGGCCAGAACGUCCUGCUGGUCGGCUUCCACGCGACGGCUCAAGAUCUGGUGGUCGAGCUGGCGCCGCACGCUGAGAAGGUGUACAUUGCGCACAAGAACGGGUUGGUCCUGAUGUCGCGGUACACUCACGACGGCAAAACGUACGACCAGGCGCAAACCCUCUCCGUGCUUUUCCUGCAGAUCUUCCUGACAAAGUGGUUCCCCCGCGUGUGGGACUGGAUCUUCGAUACCGCCAUCCAGUCCAUGUCCAAGAAAGCAUACCCUCACCAGCGGAGGGAGUGGAACCUCUCACCAGCGCCCUCAUCGACAACCAGCCCCCCUCUGAUCGCCGACGCCAUCUACCCAUUCCUCGAAAGCGGCUUCGCGGAACCGGUCGCCGCAGUGAAACAGAUCAAGGAACCCAACGACAUCCUCCUGACGGAUGGCCGCCUCCUCAAGGACAUCCACACCAUCAUAUACGCCACGGGGUACGAGUCCGCCGUCCCCUGCGCGCCGCCCGAAUAUAACCCCUACCCCGUGCCUGACGAGGCGCCGAUGCUCUACCGCAACGCGUUCCCGCUUCAUGGUGACGCCGCCGUGCGCGAAAGCCUCGCCUUCCUGGGGCAAGGAGGCAUCGCGUUCCCCGGGUUCGUCCAGUUCGAGCUCGUCAUCUUUGCGGUGUCUCAGGUGUGGCGCGGCAAGGCGCACCUGCCGCCUCUGAGUGAGAUGCAGGAUUGGCAUCAGGGCCAUAUGGCGUGGCGACGAGACGUCAUUGGCAGGUCGAAGUUCGACACGAAGCUCCUGCCCGUCUUGCUGCGCCUGCCGGAUCAGAUCGAGUGGUUGGACAAGGCGGGCGGGACGGGCGUGUUCGCGCACUUUUCGUGGUUCGGCGGCUGGUUCAGCUGGCGGGCGUGGCGCUUCUGGUGCGAGGAUAGACGGUUCUACCGGCUUUGCAAGGACGGGUUGUGCUCGCCGGCUGUGUGGCGGCUGUUUAACAUGGGAGGGCGGAAGCCUUGGGUGGGGGCCAAAGAGCAGAUCAUUCGGGACAAUGAGCUUGCCGAGAAGAGGCGGGAGGAGAGGCUGAGGGCUGUGGAGAAGACUCAACAGGGCCAGAAGGAUAAAUAA